CUCGCUCAGCCUCUGCCCUCCCCUCUGUACCUCUGUGAAGCUGCGCGACCGUUGCAAGAGCUCAUUCGCUGCGUCGCUCCCGCUAGGCGUGACUGUGAGGGCUCUAAUUCGCAUGCCGCCUUUAGCCCAAUUGCGUCCCCACCCUGAGCCAAAAGACAACCGCUGUAGAAGCACCACCCUCCUGACGUCCACUGCGAUUCCAGAGCAGACCGCCGCGUGCUCGCCUAGCUGCCGCUCCCCGCACCGCGCCGCUGCAGAGGGAAGGCGCGCUUGGAGUCCGAUCGACGUAGCAGCCUUCCCAUCCCCGCCCUGACGAGACGCAACGAGCGCGACUGUCUGCGCCGCCGCGAUGAACGGCUACAGUGGCACCAUCACGACGGGGGGCAUGUACGUCAAGGCGCUCUACGACUACGACGCCGACGACCGCACGAGCUUGAGCUUCCGCCAGGGCGACAUCAUCCAGGUCAUCACGCAGCUGGAGAGUGGAUGGUGGGAUGGGGUGAUCAACGGGGUUCGCGGCUGGUUCCCGAGCAACUACUGCACUGUCGUGCAGCGCCCGAGCGAGAGCGUCGACGACGACCGCAACGGCGUCGACCUGCCGGACGAGCACGACACGCAGUCGCUGGGCGGCACCGACUACACCGAGUCCGACGCCGAGUCGAUCAACGGCAACGACACCAUGUUGCCCAUGGAGCGCCACAGCGAGGCCCACAAUGCCAGCAGCAAGGAGGAGGAGGCCGCCUUCUGGAUCCCCCAGGCGACGCCCGACGGCCGCCUGUUCUACUUCAACACCCUGACCGGCGUGAGCACCAUGGAGCUGCCGCUCGAGUCGCCGGCGGCCAACGAGAGCGGGCCGCGCGACCGCACAAAUGUCUUCAUACCAGACUCGUCGAGGCCGCCGGCAGAGCUACUCGCCUCUGGGACCAUGUAUGAUACCGACGACGACACAUCAGCCUCCGACUUCGAAGGGCCGGGCCACAAGAGCUCAUAUGGCAGGAAACGGCUGUCAGACGGCGUCUCGCCAGCAACGUCUAUGGAGUCUAUGAACCAGGGUCUGGCACCGAGAUCGCACGACGCCAACGGCACGAGCUUCUCGGGCGCUGGAAUGACUCCGGCAGGCACCUCGGCGACCUCCUUUGCGAGCAGCCCAACAAGCGGAGGGCAAUCAGCUUCUGCGCAGCGAAAGUUCUACGACGACGUAAACCCCGUGCCGUUGAGCUGGAACCGCAUGGUGGAAGACAUGCGCCGCGCCAUCGAGCGCUACCGCCUGGCCAUCAACAACAGCGAACGUUCUGAGUUUGUGAAGAGGGCAGAAGACAUCUCUGACCACUUGCGACUGCUGCUCGCAGCUGGCUCGGGAACCACCGACAACCACUCCGGGAACCCCUCGAUCAUUUCCACCAACAAGGCUUUGUACCCGCAUUUCCGCGAAACCAUGUCGAGAUUCUCCAAGCUGGUCCUCUCCUCACACAUCGCCGCGUCCGACUUCCCACCACCAGACUCGUACUCAAAGUGCUUGAAAGAGGCUGAUGGUGUCCUGAAUGGCGUGUAUGGCUUCGUCGAGGUAGCUCGUCAACAACGCGGAGAAGAAAUACCUCGCUUAGUGCCUGGCUUCAUCGUCGGCAGCGGUGUUGGAGGAAACUGGCACAACAACGGCGCAGACCCACGAGACAGCAACGGCAUCUCAUCUUUCAUGGAGGACGAGUUCGAGCCUCCUAUGGAGCCAACAGUGAAGCUGGACUCGCGAGUGCUGGAAAGAUUGGAGGACAUCAAACGACUCAUUGUAUCGAGUGUCCGCCGGUUGGAUGAGCAAUGCGUUGUACGCGACAAGGUCAUCUCCCGACAAAGACAUCAGUUGGUUGGUGAACACAUAUGUACAGCUGGAGGGAAGGUUCUUGAAGUGUGUCGGCCGUGGCUGUCUACGGUCGAAUCGAUCAACCUCUCCUCAAUCAACUCGACUACACAGGAACAGUCACUCGGCGAGUUCAGCAUGCAGAAGCAGAAGGUCUACGAUGUGGUGGCAGAACUGGUAAUAGCUUGCCAAGGAGUUGCAGCACCGUUGGGCGACGAGUGGGCCGAGUUGCGAGGUGAUUCUCUAGAAGAUCGAAUCAACGCAGUACGAGCGGUCUCACGAGACCUCGAAACCACCGUCGCCCAGCAGUAUGGCCACCUGCAGAACUUGUCAGAAGCAGUCCCCCUCUCAGACAUCGCCGUUCGCACUGACUCUCGAAGAUUCACCGACACGGAUUCUGAGCUCGCAACUUCGCAUGUUCGGGGACCUUCAGCGACACUAAGGCCUUUGCUGAAGGAUCUGCCCCAGUCAAAGACAUACAGCGAAGGCACUGCCCUAGAUGACUCCAAGAUCGACCCGAUUCAACCUCCAAGGAACAACAAGAAGCUGAAGGAUUUCUUCGGCGAAGUACCAGUCAUACCGCAGAACACAGUCGAGGAAACGCCGGAGUACUUGAAGCUCGACCACGAAGGAGAGAUCUCUUACGACCACAAAGUUACGCCACCACAGCUCCGUGGUGGUACACUGGCAGGGCUUGUCGAGCAACUUACGCGCCACGACCGUCUGGAUCCAGCGUUCAACAACACUUUCCUCCUCACAUACCGCUCAUUUACUACCGCAUCUGAGCUUUUCGAAAUGCUGGUCAAGCGAUGGAGCAUACAGCCGCCUCAUGGUCUCGCAGGAGAAAUAUACCAGACUUGGGUAGAUAGGAAGCAGAAGCCUAUCCGGUUUCGUGUGGUCAAUAUCCUGAAGAGUUGGUUCGACAACUAUUGGAUGGAAGGCAAUGAUGAGGAGGCGCGGAUACUAAUUCAAAGAGUGUACAACUUCGCGAAGGACCAUGUUGCGACAACUAGCACACCCGGCGCCGCACCCCUGAUGACCUCCGUCGAGCAGCGCUCUCGUGGCCCGGACAUGCCGACGAAGCGGCUCGUACUCACACUUAGCGCUCAGACGCCACAGCCGAUUCUUCCAAAACACAUGAAGAAGCUGAAGUUCUUGGAUAUUGACGCCACGGAAUUCGCGCGCCAGCUGACUAUCAUCGAAUCGAAACUUUAUGGCAAGAUUCGACCCACAGAGUGCCUGAACAAGACAUGGCAAAAGAAGCUAGCACCGGGCGAACCGGACCCAGCUGCAAAUGUGAAGGCGCUCAUCCUUCACUCUAACCAGUUGACGAAUUGGGUGGCGCAGAUGAUCUUGACCCAGCAGGACGUCAAGCGCAGAGUGAUAGUCAUCAAACACUUUGUCAACGUUGCCGAUAAAUGUCGGUCGUUGAACAACUUCUCGACACUAACAUCAAUCAUCUCAGCCCUGGGAACUGCGCCCAUCCAUCGUCUGAACAGGACAUGGCAGGCAGUCAACGCACGGUCGAUGACUGUGCUAGAGAGCAUGCGCAAACUCAUGGGUAGCACCAGGAAUUUUGCGGAGUAUCGGGACACACUCCACAGGGCGAACCCACCCUGUAUACCUUUCUUCGGUGUCUACCUUACUGAUCUGACCUUCAUUGAAGACGGUAUCCCUUCUUUGAUCAAGAAGACCAACUUGAUCAACUUCGCCAAGCGCGCGAAGACAGCCGAGGUGAUCCGCGACAUUCAGCAGUAUCAAAAUGUGCCAUACCCGCUGCAGCCUGUGCCUGAUCUGCAGGACUACAUCCUGACAAACAUGCAAUCCGCAGGCGACGUGCACGAGAUGUACGAAAUGAGUUUAUCCGUUGAGCCGCGAGAGCGCGAAGACGAGAAGAUUGCAAGACUUCUCUCCGAGUCUGGAUUCUUGUGAUGAUACCCCACGAUGCGUUCGAUCUAUCGAUCUUGGAUGGUGGCAAUGGCGUUGGUUUACAUUUCCGCUACGAUAUACGAUUGAGGCGCGAGAUUUAUGGCGUGCGGGCAAAAAUUGCUCAGUACUGUUGCAUUUUUUGGCGUAGGAAAACGAACUACGGACGGCUCACUUACUCACCUACCUACUUAAUCUAUUGAAUCAUGCUCGCUCGUCGGCAUAUUU